GUUCUGCUCCGUGGAUAGGCUUCCCUCGGCAGGGAUUGUUCUGGAGGGUUCUGGAGGGCCCUGUGGUGCCAAGAGGAAGCCUCCGUGUCCCGUGUCCUGGCAGACCUCCCCGUGGGAGGUGCCCACCACCACCCCCAUCCCCGUGCCCGCUGCGGGGGGGAGCCGGCUGCUCCGAGCUUGCCGAUGGAACAGCAGACUGCACGUGCUGGACUUCAGAGUAACGCGUGUGUUUUCUCUUUUGUCCACCAGACUUCAUGAGGAAAUAAUUGACUUUUAUAACUUCAUGUCCCCUUGUCCUGAAGAAGCAGCCAUGAGACGGGAGGUGGUGAAACGGAUCGAAACGGUGGUUAAGGACCUCUGGCCAGCGGCUGAUGUACAAAUAUUUGGCAGCUUUAGUACAGGCCUCUAUCUUCCAACGAGUGACAUCGACUUAGUGGUCUUCGGAAAGUGGGAGCGCCCUCCGCUGCAGCUGCUGGAGCAGGCCCUGCGGAAGCACAACGUGGCCGAGCCGUGCUCCAUCAAAGUCCUCGACAAAGCCACGGUACCGAUAAUAAAGCUCACAGACCAGGAGACUGAAGUCAAAGUCGACAUCAGCUUUAACAUGGAGACCGGGGUGCGGGCAGCGGAGCUCAUCAAGAAUUACAUGAAGAAAUAUUCGUUGCUGCCUUACUUGAUUUUAGUAUUGAAACAGUUCCUCCUGCAGAGGGACCUGAAUGAAGUUUUUACAGGUGGAAUUAGCUCAUACAGCCUCAUUUUAAUGGCCAUUAGCUUUCUACAGUUGCAUCCAAGAAUUGAUGCCCGGAGAGCUGAUGAAAACCUUGGAAUGCUUCUUGUAGAAUUUUUUGAACUCUACGGAAGAAAUUUUAAUUACUUGAAAACUGGUAUUAGAAUAAAAGAAGGAGGUGCCUAUAUCGCCAAAGAGGAGAUCAUGAAAGCCAUGACCAGUGGAUACAGACCAUCGAUGCUGUGCAUUGAGGACCCUCUGCUGCCUGGAAAUGACGUGGGCCGCAGUUCCUAUGGGGCCAUGCAGGUGAAGCAGGUUUUUGACUACGCCUACAUUGUUCUCAGUCAUGCCGUGUCACCCCUCGCGAGGUCCUAUCCAAACAGAGACUCUGAAAGCACUCUGGGAAGAAUCAUCAAGGUCACUCAGGAGGUGAUCGACUACCGGAGGUGGAUCAAGGAGAAGUGGGGCGGCAAGGCCACCCCCGCGCCCACGCCUGACAACAGAAUUAAGAUCAAGGAGCGGAUGAGUGCGUGUGACGGGGACCAGCCGCCGCGCCGGGACCCCGAGCCGCCCUACAGCCAGCGCCUGACCCUGUCCCUGCCCAGCCCCCAGCUGCUGUCGUCAGGCUCCUCCACCUCCUCCGUGUCCUCGCUCUCGGGAAGUGACAUUGAUUCCGACACGCCGCCCUGCACAACGCCCAGUGUCUACCAGUUCAGCCUGCAGGCGCCAACCCCCCUGCUGGCCAGCCUGCCCACCGCCCUGCCCAUGCCGAGCGGCAAAGCUCAGUCUGCUGCUUCCAGAACGUUGGUCAUGACAACUAACACUCAGGUUUACGAUACCUCCACCGACCCUCGGGGUGGCCCCUGUCGCUUGCAGACAGGUUGGCGUCGAAGGCACUCCAGCGUUGAAAGCCGUUCACCACAUGUCCUCCCCGGCCGUUCCGUCCACGUCCCCCAACUCGCUCUCGAGUCCUCACCUGUAUCACAAGCAGCACAGUGGCAUGAAGCUGUCCAUGAAAGGCUCGCACAACCAGGGCGGCACGUACGGCUCCGUGGGCAGCGGAGGCGUGCGGCCCCCCGUGGGCAACCGGGGCCACCACCAGUACAACCGCACCGGCUGGAGGAGGAAAAAACACACACACACGAGGGACAGCCUGCCUGUCAGCCUGAGCAGAUAAUAGCCCCCGACGGCGCCUCCCGGCCCCCACUCUCCACGGACUCAGGCCGGGCGGCCUGGCGUCCGGCCGGGAACUGAGACCAGCACCCAGCACGUCGGCCCUGGCCCCCCCGGAGCGCCCGCCGCUGAUCACUCUGCAUGUCCCUUGUGUGGUGGUCACGUCCCUGUUCAAGAACAGCCCCCUGUGCUCAUCUGUGAAGCCUCAUUCCACGUGGGCGCUGCCUUCGGCCUUCCCAGGAGCCUGUCCGGGGCCCGGGCCGGCCCGCGCGGGGCUGCGGGGCGCUCCUCGGCAGCGAGGCUGGGGCCCUCGCGGUUUGGGUGUCUUCGUUUCGCGUUUGUCAGAGCAACUGAGGCUGGCCCCGAGCUCGUGGCCCCUCGCCGGGCGGGGCGGGGCGGCCGCCACCGUGUCACUGCCCUCGCGCUUCGUUUCCAGUGUCCGAACUGUUUUUCUAUGUAAAUACGGAGAACUUAUGAUUUGUGCAAUAACUCAGAUAUUUUUAUUUAAUUCAUAUUUUCACAUAAGUUAUAUUUAAGGGAGGAGGUUUUUUUUAAACAAGCUUAGGUCCUUUCCCGAGUCGCAUUUUCUAAGUUGGGUUCAUCCUGUCGGCUGGUUGUCUGAUGAGCACCGUUACCAACACCGUGAGUGAGGGGCUCGGGGUUUGUUUUUGUGUUUUUCUUGUGGUCAGACGAGAGGCCUCUCAGCGCGUGGGGGGCGAGGGUGGGGAGCUGAGUGGCCCCCGCGGUUCUUCGAAGCGGCCUGGCCCCUGAGCCCUCCGACCAGCUGCCCUCUGGCCCCGCAGCCCGGCCUGUCUGCCGUCUCGCUCUGACCACAGAGCUUAACGUUUUGGUUUUUGGUUCUUUUAAAGUAGACAACAAAUCCAGCAUUUAAAGUGCCAGAACUUUCUAAGGGGAGAAAGGGUUGUCACAUUAUAAAAUCCUAAGAAAACAAAUGUGAACUUUGAGAUGCUUCCGUCGGUUUUAGUAACGUGGCCUGUGACGAUGGGUCUGGUGAGUAUCAGUACGGACAAUGGUACCCAGUUUUAGGAAUGUGGAGAAAGGAUUAUGUUGAUUCCAUGAGGAAUCUGUAUAGCAGUAUGCGUUCGUUCUGUUAAGAGCAAAUCUAUGAGAAGUCCUUCAGCUGCUCAGUGCACCGUGGGGAGUAUUUUUAACGUAUCACAGGAGAGCACAGCCCGGGGGUGGGGCCGGGGGGCGGCUGGCGCCCCACCGGAGAGGCAUCAGGUAUACUAUGCAAGCGCGGCCUGCCACGACAGCCACUGUCUUUGUGACCUUGUUUUCAACAAGAAUAUGUCCAUCCCACCUAACCCUGAGUUAUCGGAGCACCACAGUCGUCCUGGGUGUUAGCUGCAUCUCAGAGGCCGCCUGAGGCCCCGUUUCUGAAACGGGGGUUCCGGCCCUGCUGAACACUACAGGUAGGUUGGUCCUUGAAGUCCACCAGUGGAGAACGUCGAGUCGAGAGACUUAUGGCCAUGACACUUGAUCGAUGUGCAGAGCGGGGAGGUCUGAAGUAUGGCCUGGUGGUGGGGUCCCCGCCGGGACGGCUCUGAAAUGUCGGCCCACGGCGCCACCGGCCGGGGUAGGGGGGGGCUGCCGGCUGCGGCUGCCGAGGGGGGCCGUUCCAGAACAGAGCAGCACGCGUCUGCGGUUCUUGAUGACCGAAAGUUAUCAAAAAUAUUUAAAGAUAUUUAAAUUGUGAAUCUAUCGAUAAAUAUUUAUAAAAACUGAUACGUAGGCCUGUACUAAUCUCCGCACAUUAGCAAUAUUGACUGUGACCCUACAUCAAGGAGCCACCACGGGGCCGCCCGUGGGGUGUGCGUUUUAAAGCUCGACUCAGACACAGGCGCCACGCUCCACCCCCGUCGUGGCAAACGGACCCAAUGAAUUGGCCUGGCUACCGCUGUGGUCACGAGCUACAGGUUGAUCAAAACGAUAUCAUGUUUCAAUUUUUUUUGUGUGUGUGAACAACAAUGUGGAAGCUAAAAUUGACAUAUUUUUAUGUAAAGUUUUUCUAUUCUUUGAUUUUUAAUAAACUUUGGA